AUGACCCAACAGCGCUCCGAAAUUCUGAUAAUCUCCGUUGCAGGGAUGACCUGCGCCGCCUGUGUCCACCACGUAGGCGAAGCGCUGCGGACGGUGCCCGGUGUGGGCGAGGUCAGUGUGAAUCUGGCCACGUCGCGGGCGACGGUUAGCCUGGAUGCCGCCACCGCUGCCCCACCCAUCGAAUUGCUGGCCGACGCGGUGUUGGCCGCUGGCUAUUCGGUGCCCGCCGAACGCAACGUGUAUCCAGUGGCCGGUAUGACCUGUGCCGCCUGCGUCCACCACGUGGGCGAGGCGUUGCGGACGGUGCCCGGCGUGUCCAGGGUAUCGGUAAACCUGGCCACCGCCACCGCCGCUGUGGAGCAUCUGCCCACCGCGGUGGAGCCGGCGGCCCUGGCCCGCGCCGUCGCCGAUGCCGGGUAUCAGUUGGACACCACCGCCACCGGCGCGCAACGGGGCGAUGCACGGAGCGAGGAAGAACGCGCGAUGCGGCGGCGGUUGACGGUGGCGGCAUUGGGCGCCGCGGCGCUGUUGCUGGGUAGUUUCCCGCUGCUACCGUGGGUAGACUGGCUGCUGGCGUUCUGGUGGUAUCCGCCGGCGCUGUGGGCGGUGGCCACACCAAUUCAGCUAUGGGCGGGCUGGCCGUUCUACGUUGCCGGCUGGGCCGGUAUGCGUCGCCUGCAACCCAAUAUGGCACAUCUGACGCUCUGGGCCACGGUCGGUUGCUACGGUGUACAGUCGGCGUGGCGGUGGUUGGUAUUCAUGCUGGCGGCCCCGUCUGCGUUGGCGUUCAUCGGAGGACGCCAACUGCACUUCGACAUGGCGGCAAUCAUCGUGGCGCUGAUACUGCUGGGGCGAUGGCUGGAAGCGCGGGCGUGUAGCGCACGUUCCGACUGCCAUAGGCGCGAUUGUGUAUUUUUUGAGACCGCAGACAGCUCACCUGAUCGCUGCCGACGGCGAAAACGACGACGUUCCCGUCGAGCGGUGUUCUGUUGA